CACACCUCGCUCCUCCAUUCGAACUCUCUUUCCAAUUGCUCAAACUCAGUGUCCUUUUCUUCUCUUCCUGAUUAAAGCUUCUCAUCCAAAUCCAAUGAAAUCCAAGUUUCUCUGUUAAAAUUUUCAAAACUUUCCAAUUUUCGAGAGGAGAAAUGGUGCGAUUUGGGGUUUACGAGCUUUCACUUGAUGAAUCCAUUUUAUUCACGAAGGGGCAGCAAGUGUCGUCCAUAUGAGCUCUUGUAGGAGACAGACGAGUAACUUGAUUUCUCUUCUCAAUUCCCUUUUUCUUUGCUAUAAGGUUUCUGUAGUUGGAAAGGAUAACAAUCGGAUCAAGUAUCUGUCUCGGAUUUAUUUCUCGGUUGAAGUUUUUUUUUUGUUCAAAUCUGUUAGAUUUAUCAUAGAUGAUAAUAUAGGUGGUCUCAAAGUACAGACAAGGCUCCCGCGGAGGAAAAAGAUGGCGAACAGAGUAGCUCAGGCAUGCUUGUCACUUCUUUUCUUACUGCUUUUCAGCUUUAACGCCGUGGCCGAAGGAGAUGAUCUCGAACUCCUCUUAUCUUUCAAGAAUUCUAUCAACGAUUCAUUUAGGUUCCUCUCUAGCUGGAACUCUUCUGUUGCUUUCUGCAACUGGUACGGCAUCACCUGCGUCAACUCUUCUCACGUUUCCAGAAUUGAGCUCUCCGGAAAGAACAUUUCCGGCGAACUCUCUCCCUUUCUUUUCCGACUAUCGUUCAUUGAGAGUAUCAACCUUUCGAACAAUGAGUUUACCGGUGAGCUUCCCAAUGAAACCUUUUCCUGUUUAUCUCUUCGAUACCUCAACCUCAGUAACAAUAACUUCACUGGUUCAAUCCCUCGCGGGUCAAUCUCCGGCCUUGAGAUUUUGGAUUUAUCAAAUAACUUGCUCUCCGGUGAAAUCCCCGCCGACAUUGGUUUAUUUACAGACCUUAAAGUUCUUGAUAUCGGAGGAAGUGCCUUAAAAGGAAAAAUUCCACAUUCAAUUUCGAACCUUAAAAAACUGCAGUUCUUGACGUUAGCUUCAAACCAAUUAGCCGGUGAAAUUCCGAGGGAAUUAGGCCAGAUGAGGAGUUUGAAGUGGAUUUACUUGGGUUACAAUAAUCUUUCAGGUGAGAUACCAAAAGAAAUUGGUGACUUAACUUCAUUGAAUCACCUUGAUCUGGUUUACAACAAUCUCACCGGAGAAAUCCCAUCUUCUCUCGGAAAUCUAACCGAUCUUCGGUACCUCUUCCUUUAUCAGAAUAAGCUCACUGGUUCGAUUCCUUUAUCAAUCUUUGAUCUGAGAAAGCUAGUUUCGCUCGAUUUAAGCGAUAAUUCUCUCAAUGGACCGAUCCCCGAACUUGUAAUUCAGCUGCAAGACUUACAAAUUCUUCAUCUAUUUGGCAAUGAUUUCACUGGAACUAUUCCAGUCGCCUUGGCUUCCCUACCCCGACUCCAAGUUCUUCAGCUAUGGUCUAACAGAUUAUCGGGGGAGAUUCCUAAAAACCUCGGGAAACAAAAUAAUCUGACGGUCUUAGACCUUUCGACGAACAAUCUCACCGGGAAAAUUCCAGAGAGAUUAUGCAAUCUCGGAGGACUCUAUAAACUCAUACUCUUCUCGAACUUGCUCGAAGGUGGAAUUCCAAAGAGCUUGAGUUACUGUAGAAGUUUACAGCGGGUUCGUCUCCAGAACAAUCGUUUCUCCGGCGAAUUAUCGCCAGAAUUCACGAAACUGCCACUCAUUUAUUAUCUUGAUAUCUCGGGCAAUAAUCUAACAGGCAGGAUUGAUCGGCGCCAAUGGGAUAUGCCUUCACUUCAGAUGCUGAGUUUGGCAAGAAAUAGAUUUACCGGGAACUUGCCGAUAUCCUUCGGUAGUAAGAAGCUCGAAAACCUAGAUCUGUCGGAGAACAGCAUUUCAGGCACUAUUCCCCGGAGCUACGGAGGCCUAUCCGAGCUAACGCAGUUGAAGCUUAGCCAAAACCAGAUUAGCGGUUUCAUCCCAGAAGAAUUAUCUUCGUGCACGAAGUUGGUGACUUUGGACCUCAGCGAAAAUCAUCUUAGUGGUCCAAUCCCAGCUAGUCUGGCUGAAAUGCCAGUUCUUGGUGAGCUCGAUCUGUCGGAAAACCAGUUAAUAGGGGAAAUUCCAGCAAAUUUGGGAAAGGUAGAAUCACUGGUUGAAGUCAACAUCUCUCACAACCAUUUCUACGGCAGUUUACCUUCGACAGGAGCAUUUCUCGCAAUCAACUCAAGCGCCGUCACCGGUAAUGAUCUAUGUGGAGGCAAUAUUGCAAGUGGUUUGCCGCCAUGCAAAACAACAAAAAGGCCUGUUUGGUGGUUUUUCGUCACCUCUCUUCUUGUCGUCCUCGUUUUUCUAGCUCUUUCUUUAGCAGUCGUGGCACUGAUUCGACACAGAAAUGAAUCGCCGCUGAAAAAGGUCGACAGCGAAUACAGUAAUAAUAUCUGUGAUUUGCAGUUGCUCAAUUCUGGGGUUUCGAACCCGGUCACCAUCGACGACAUCUUGUCAUCCAUAAAAGAAGAAAACGUCAUAUCUAGAGGAAGCAAAGGAACCUUGUACAGAGGGAAAUCUGCUCUGAAAGAUGUGCAAUUUGUUGUUAGGAAGAUGGACGACAAAAACUCGCUUCCGCCGAGUUUCUGGAUGGAAACUGUGGAGUUGGGAAGGUUUCGGCAUCCAAACCUGGUUAAUUUGAUCGGAACAUGUAGGUUGGAAAAGGGUGCUUUUAUCGUGUCCGAGUUCAUCGAAGGGAAGACUUUGAAGGAUAUUCUUAGUGGUUUAAGCUGGGAACGUCGUCGGGAAAUGGCUAUUCGGAUUAUGAAAACUCUUUGGUUUCUGCACUGUCGAUGUUCUCCGAGUAUUCUGAUAGGAAACCUGUCGCCCGAGGAAGUAAUCGUCGACGUGAAAGAUGAGCCCCGCCUGAGGUUGAGUCUUCCAUGGUUGGCGGGUGGCGAACUAAAAGGUUUUCUCGCUUCAGGCUACGUAGCACCAGAGACAAGAGAGACGAUGGAUAGCAGCGAGAAGAGUGAUAUAUACAGUUAUGGUGUCCUCUUAAUAGAAAUCCUAACCGGAAAAGGCCCGAUUGAUGCGGAGUUGGGUCCGCACGGGGACAUCGUUGAGUGGGCCACCUACUGCUACAGAGAAUGCCAUCUCGACACGUGGAUUGAUCCUGCAAUCAACGGGCACGCUGCAUCAAGCCAUCAGGACGAGAUCGUGGAAGCAAUGAAUCUAGCACUGCGGUGCACGGCAUGGGACCCUGCAAAGAGACCAUGCACAAGGGAUGCACUGAAAAUUCUGGAGUCUGCUAUGUGGAGGUCGAGCUGCUAUAUUCCGGGUCUGAAAUUUUCGUGCAAUAUGUGAUUUGGUUAUGUGUUUAUUACAACUCCUCCUCCUCAUGUUCCCUUUUUUCAAUUAUCUAUUUUAUUUUUUUUUUCACUUCUGAUAAAUAUAAAGGCUUUUACCAGAGUGUUACUCAAUGAGUCAAUGUUUUAUUUGCUACUACUAUAGUGAAAUGAAAUCGAGUGUAUUAAUGUAAAUAAACCCAUUUCCAUGCCCAUUUGUAUU